AUGAGCAUUUCAAAUAUACCGCCUGCUUUGUCUCCUGUCUCAAGCACAACUUCCUUUCAAACGCUUCCGUCUACUCUUCCUCCAAGUGCAGGUAACAACAACAACAACAGCAAUACAGCUACAACGACCUCCACAACAAAUUCCGUUUCAACAUCGCCGCAUUCGUAUUCCUUAGAUAAGUACCAUGAACCUUCGUCUGCUGAAAAAUUCAAACGCGCUAAAAAUAUGUCGUUGCCGCCCAUCUCGUCGUUCGAUAAUCUGAUUCGUGCAGCUGAGAAACAGUAUGCUUUAGGUAGUGGCAGUGGCACUGAUAACAACAACAAUAACAACGGCAACGGCGGUAACAACGGCGGCUCGAUAUUCCAUGUAGGAACACCUGUUGGUAAUUCCUUAAAUAAUAUGAAUCACAGUAUUUCAAGAACAAAUAUGUUAAGUUAUCAACUCUCUACUCAAGGAGCAGUAAGUGGUCAAAGAGAAUCACGUAGUAGCGGUGCAAAUUCAAAUACUCCUGCAACUGCAUCUGCAAUUACUCAACGGUCUUACCCUGGUAAUGACAGUAAUUCUCAUACAAACGAUUCUCGUUCAACCUCGAAUAGAUCGUCCUCUUUAUUAGUAUCGUCACCAACAGAUUCUAUAAACAGUACGACAACAACAACCACGACUACUAGUUCGAUAAUGAUACCGGAAUAUAGAUUAAGUGGACCCCCACCGGUUUCUUCUACUGUAGUGUCUAUUUCUAACUCGGCGGCUUCUGUAAAACCAGAUACUGAGAAUACCAGUCUUUCUACAAAAAAUAUUGGUGCUAAUGUUAAUAAUAACAAUAGAACAAAAAUUGUAAAACCUAGGAAAAAGAAACAAUGCCCGUUAUGUCUAAAUUAUUACGCAAAUUUAUCAACUCAUAAAUCUACACAUUUAACACCGGAGGAUAGACCGCAUAGAUGUCCCGUUUGCGAGCGUGGCUUUGCAAGAAAUAAUGAUUUGAUUAGACAUCGGAAACGUCAUUGGAAGGAUGAAUUGAUGGUGGCAGUGUCGCCGGCGACAUUACAAGAUAAUUCACCAUCGAAUUCUAACAAUGGAGUAACCAAUUCAAAACAAUCUCAAUUAAGAUCUUUACAUCAAAUUAAAGGAACAUUUAAAUGUCCUUAUAAUUCGAUUUUGAUUAAAUUGGAUAUGGAAAUGUAUCCUCAUAAGAAUAAACCUUUAAACUUUGAAACUUCAAAUUGCCAUCAAACGGGUGUGUUUUCUCGUUGCGAUACUUAUAAGAAUCAUUUAAAGGCUUUACAUUUUGAAUAUCCUCCUGGAACCAAAAAGAAAGAUCGUAGUAUUGUUCCUGGGAAAUGUAAGCAUUGUGGAUCAAAGUUUGAAAAUGUGGAUACAUGGUUAAAUACCCAUGUUGGGAAAAAUUGUGGUUACACAUAUCAUUAA